GGAACACAGAUUGAGUGUGCCCGAUAAUCCCGUUCCUGUCCUGCCUCACAUCCGGCCCGGGGGGCUGAGUACCUGGACUUCCUGGGACACCGGCUGGGGUCUGAGGACAGGGCUCCGUACCUACCUGUCUGCAAGAUGAAGCUAGCCACCAGCUUCUUGGUUUUGUGGCUCGGCCUGGGAGGGGGCCUGGCUCAGAGCGACCCCAGCCCCAAAGCAGAGGAGUCCUACUCUGACUGGGGCCUGCGGCACCUCCGGGGCAGCUUCGAAUCUGUCAACAGCUACUUUGAUUCCUUCCUGGAGCUGCUGGGAGGGAAGAACGGAGUCUGUCAAUACAGGUGCCGAUACGGAAAGGCACCAAUGCCCAGACCUGGCUACAAACCCCAGGAGCCCAACGGCUGCAGCUCCUAUUUCCUGGGUCUCAAGGUACCAGAAAGUAUGGACUUGGGCAUUCCGGCCAUGACCAAGUGCUGCAACCAGCUGGACGUCUGCUACGACACUUGUGGUGCCAACAAAUAUCGCUGCGAUGCUAAAUUCCGAUGGUGUCUCCACUCGAUCUGCUCCGACCUUAAGCGGAGCCUGGGCUUUGUCUCCAAAGUGGAAGUAGCCUGUGAUUCUCUGGCUGACACCGUGUUCAAUACCGUAUGGACCUUGGGCUGCCGACCCUUUAUGAAUAGCCAACGUGCAGCGUGCAUCUGUGCAGAAGAGGAGAAAGAAGAAUUAUGAGGAUGAGGCGAUUCCUUCCUGGUUCCGAGUGACAUCACAGCCGUCAGUCUCAGAGAGGCUGACACGGCAGAUGUGUGUCAGCCUUUCUUCCACCAGUUUGGAUACCAUAAAGCAGGAGAAAGGAAACAGCAAGUUGAAUCACUUGAGGAAAGUUGAGAAAGAGAUGUGGAGAGACUGAAGGCUGUACUUCACUUGAACUCUGAUCUCGCAGCCGAGGCACGUGUGCCUGGAAACUCAGUUCUCAGCUUAAAGAUGAAACUACAAACAAGCUCUUCUAUCUCUGGACCUGAUCAUGACAUUCAUACGUGAAAUUCUGGGGAAUCCAACCAGUUGCAAAGCAAUGACUUUCCUCUGGCCCAUGUUUCAGUUGCCAGCAAGCACCUCAUGUUUAAUAAAGUGUACU